UUAUAUCUUGCAUUUUGGUAUUGUGUUCGUUUUAAAAUCUGUACUUAUCCGUUUCUAGAGGGAGCUUGCGUGCUGUCAAUGCGGUGUCAACAACGUUAAAUUCGCGCCAAUCAAACCGUGUUUGCCGCAUCGCUACGUCCUAGCAGCAUCGGAGUGAAGAUAAUUCUGCGGAAAUCUCUGUUUUAAAAAUAUAUUACUGUGCCCACUGGUCAUCGUGAUGGCUCUGUGGGUUGACCGCUAUCGUCCGCGGGAGCUAUCAAAGCUCGACUAUCAUAAAACGCAAGCGAAUCAACUGAUAAAUCUGUGCUCCCAAGGAGACUUUCCGCAUCUGAUGUUCUACGGACCUUCAGGGGCUGGGAAGAAAACCCGCAUCAUUUGUUUGCUGCGAGAACUGUAUGGCUCCGGCGUCGAGCGACUGCGAAAUGAAGUGAUGAACUUUACGACACCAUCGAACAAAAAAAUCGAAAUCAUGACCGUAAGCAGUAACUACCACAUCGAGGUUAAUCCGUCCGAUGUUGGUAUUUACGAUCGCGUGGUGAUUACCGACAUGAUCAAGCAGAUCGCACAAACCCAGCAAAUCGAUCCAUCGGGGCAGCGUGAGUUUAAAACGAUCGUUCUUUCGGAGGUUGACGAGCUUACGAAAGACGCACAGCAUGCGUUGCGUCGUACGAUGGAAAAGUAUGUGGCCACUUGCCGUUUGAUCCUGUGCGUUAACUCGACGUCACGCAUCAUUCCCGCGGUGAAGAGUCGUUGUCUCGGAAUACGUGUUUCUGCACCGACCGAGGAUGAAAUUGUAUCCAUCAUCAAUUCAAUCUGCAAAAAGGAGAAUCUCCACAUUCCACCGGAGCUAGCGGUUAGGAUAGCACAGAAAUCCGAACGCAAUUUACGCCGGGCUAUACUGUCUCUCGAGGCCUGCAAAGUAAUGCAGUAUCCUUUCACAGCGAACCAGGAAAUACCCGACAUGGAUUGGCAGACGUACCUGAAGGAAACGGCUAACAUGAUCGUGCAGGAGCAAACGCCACAACGCAUGGAGGUUGUUCGCGAACGGCUGUAUGAGCUGCUGUCCCAAGGGAUACCACCGGACAUAAUUUUCAAGGGUUUGGUGCAGAUUCUCGUGAAGAAUUGUGACAUGAGCUUGAAAACGCAAACCCUCAGCUAUGCCGGUCUGUACGACCAUCGGAUGCAGCGUGGCAGCAAACACAUCUUUCAUCUGGAAGCAUUCGUUGCACAGUUCAUGGCGCUGUACAAGAAAUUCCUAAACCAAAUGUCGGCUAUGGACAUGGAUGAGUUUUAAAAGAAUAUCGGUAGUCAAUAUACGCGAUGUUUGUUACAUUCUUAUGCCAAGAA